ACGAGAGACUUCUUGUCCCAGCGCAGCGCGCGCGCGUGUGUGUGUGUGUGUGUAUGUCAGGCUCUGGAGUCAGGGCAAAGCAGGAAUCUGGAGAAAUUAAAAUAUAAAGACAUUCAGCGCUGCCAUGAGAGUUGAACUGGGUUUUGAACAUGAAGAAAAGUCAGCAAAUUCGAAUCAAAUGCUGAUUAAUCAGCUCAGAGAGAUCACUGGCGUUCAAGAUCUCCAUGUUCUCCAGAGCGCCCUGAACGCUAGCCAAGAUGACAUCAGUCAUGCGAUUGGGCUGCUGACUGCCCAGACCACAGUGGAAGAGCACACGCCAGAAGAUCCUACUCAAGCCAAUAAUGAGAGAAACACAUCUAAUACACAAAAUGGGCCUGCUAAAGACGAUCUUCAGACGGCGAUUGAGCUCAGUCUUCAAGAGUCACAGCAAGCAGAGGCAGAAAUGAGAGAACUGCACAGAGCUCUCGAGGUCAGUGCAGAAGAGAAUGCGGCUCGCUUUAAAAGAAAAAGGUGUGAGGCAUCUGGAGAGAGCUGCAGCCCUGCGGACUGGAUCCGACAGGAGGACUGGCCCGUGGGCAUCCGAAAUGUAGGAAAUACCUGCUGGUUCAGUGCUGUCAUUCAGUCUCUGUUUCACCUGCCGGUCUUUCGUCGACUGGUGCUCAACUAUUGCCUAUCUGAGCGUGUGCUGGAGAAAUGCAAGAGUCACUCAGAGAAAAGGAACAUUGCCUUCAUGCAGGAGUUGCGUUGUCUGUUUGCUCUGAUGGUGGGCUCAAACCGAAGGUAUGUAGACCCAUCAGCAGCUGUGGAGCUUCUCAGGGAUGCAUUUCGAACCAGUGAGGCACAACAGGAUGUCAGUGAAUUCACACACAAGCUGCUUGACUGGCUGGAGGAUGCGUUCCAACUGGCUGCCAAUGGAAAUAACCCAGAGGAUAAACAGAACAACCCAAUGGUCCAGCUGUUUUAUGGAACAUUUGUAGCUGAGAGACUUCUUGAAGGAAAGAUCGAAUCUAAUAUUGAGCAAUUUGGACAAUACCCUCUCCAAGUAAAUGGCUUCAAUAAUUUAGAUGAAUGUUUGGAGGGUGCCAUGGUUGAAGGAGAGAUUGAAUCCCUUCAUUCAGAUCAGACAAUCGGUCAGGAGAGGUGGUUCUCCAAGCUGCCUCCAGUAUUGACCUUUGAGCUGUCCAGAUUUGAGUUCAAUCAGUCUUUAGGGCGACCAGAAAAAAUACACAAAAAACUGGAAUUUCCCCAAGUGAUCUACAUGGACAGAUACCUACACAACAAUGUUGACCAGACCCAUGGUAGGAGAGGAGAGGUGAAGAGACUGAAGGACCAGCUAACAGUCCUCCAGCAGAAACUCGAGGGGUAUAAAAACUAUGGCUCAGGGCCAGCUAAAUACCCUUUGGCUGACAUGUUGCAGUAUGUACUGGAGUUUGCCACUACGAAACCCACAAAUGCAUCUCCAGUCUCUCCUGUACCCCCAAACGCUGUCCACACAGAACCCACCUCAGGUGACACCAGUCAAAAAGAACCAGACGAUACAGGUCCAUCAGACGGUCCGAGCUGCUCUCAGAUGGCCACACAGAGGACUCAAAUACACAAACCUUUCACUCAGUGUAGGCCGUCUAUGGAUGCCCCCCUGCAGCCAGCCCCUCACAGUGUGACCGAAGAGGAGCUUCACUUUGUCCGUGGCUGCUUACAGCGUUGGAGAACAGAGGCUGAGAACACCAUAAACGAUCUGAAAGCCAGCAUUGACAAGGUCAGUCAAGCCCUGGAGGGCAUGUACUCAGAUAACAGUCUGUGUCAGGUGCCCUACAGGCUACAUGCUGUGCUUGUUCAUGAAGGACAGGCGUCCGCUGGCCAUUACUGGGCGUACAUCUAUGAUCACACUCACAAACGCUGGCUGAAGUACAAUGAUGUAAUGGUUACAGAGUCCACUUGGGAAGAGCUGGUCCGAGAUUCGUACGGCGGCAUGACAAAUGCCAGCGCCUACUGCCUAAUGUACAUCAAUGACAAUUUGCCAUACCUCAUAGCAGAAGACACAGACAAUGAGACUGGACACGUCCUAAAAGGAAUGGACACCCUCCCUCCAGUCCUUAAACGCUAUGUUCGGGAAGAUAACCGCUGGCUCCAGCAAGAGCUGAGAGAGUGGGAAGAGCAGUUCUGCCAAGCCCAACACGAAGACUCGCAAGUUGUUCAGGUACACACUUCAACCAACACAGAGGAACCAGGUCAGCCUUCAGAGCGGCCACAGAAUCCAGAGAAAGAAGAACCAAAGCAAGAACCAACCGAAGAAAACACGCAUGAAGUAACUGAACAUGAACCUGCUCCGGAUCAAACACCACCAGCACCUUCCCAGGAAUAUGAAGAGCCUGUGGCCAAUCCAGAAGCACUCAACUCGAUAUCAUCAGAGUCCACUGAGAAUGUAAGAGAGGGAGCUGAGGAGCAGAUCUCCAGUAGCCAGGAACAUGGCCAGCAAAAUGAGGAGAAGCCAGAGGAGAAGCCAGAGGAGAGUCAGCAGCCUGAGACCGAGUCAGCCUCUAAGGAGGACAAAGCUGAGACUGAGGUUGAGGUUGAAGCAAAGGAGCAGGUCAUCAGUGAUGAGGCAAGACCAGAGGCAGAACCAGACCCUCAGCCAGAGACCGAGACCCCGUCCACAGAGGAAAACCCAUCCACGACCAGACGCAGGCAGCCUGAGAAUGAGGUGUCUGAGGUGGAAAUACCCAAUGUAGGCACAAUCCUGGUUCGUUCUGAUGCUGAUGGCUAUAAUGAGGAGAUGAUGUUAACUCCAGCCAUGCAGGGCGUCAUAUUUGCUAUUGCCAAAGCAAGAGAGGCUUUUGACAAAGAUGGACCUGAGGCAGGACUUAUCAAGGCGUUUCAUGAGGAAUAUUCCAGAUUGUUUGAGCUGUCCCAGGAAGAGACGACACCCCAGCAGGACCCUCGGCUCCAGCAUGUAAUGGUUUACCUCUUUCAGAAUCAGGCACCUGGUCGUGUCAUUGAGAGGACUUUACUGGAGCAGUUUGCGGAUCGUAACCUGAGUUUUGAUGAUAGGGCCAUAAGUAUCAUGAGAGAGGCCAGAACAAAACUCAGACUUAUUAAACCAGAAGAUAUGGACAUGGAUGAGUACUUGGAAUGGCAUGAUGACUACAGCAUGUUCAAGACAGUGUUUGCCUACCUGUUGACAGGUCUUGAGCAGUACCAGAACGGAAAAAUAAGAGAGGCGCUGAAUUAUCUUGCUCAUGCACACCAGGACAACUCCACUCUUCUUAGAAAAGGGGAGAGAAGAGGAGUGGACCAGCCGCUUAUUGCACUUUAUAGGAGAAAAUGUCUGAAAGAGCUGAAUGAGAAUGUCGCCACAUUGUUUAAAAGUCAGGAUGAGAAUGACAUCACAGAGGGAGUGUCCAUUAUGAAUGAGUGUGUCAUCCCUUGCAUGCAUCUCAUGGUCAGAGACAGCAUCAGUCAAGAGGACCUGGAUGUCAUAGAGCUGAUCAGGAAUUGCUGGUGCUCCUAUUUGGGGCAGGACAUGACUGAUUCUCUGCAGGAAAAGCUCAGUGAAUUUUUACCCAGGGUCCUGGACUGUUCUGCUGAAAUGGUUGUGCUGAAAGAGCCCCCCAAAGUGAGAAACUCCCCCCAUGAUCUAUGUAGCCGUCUGGCUGCUGUCAUGGAGUCCAUCCACAGCACCUCCAUUGUGAUCGUAAAGUGAUGCUCAACGUGACAUCCUGUGUUGGAAAAAUACCAUCAUACAGUCACACAAGGUGAUCUGACCUGUGUCUCCGACGCUGGAUUUCAGUUUUGUUCCACAAUGACUUUUGUUGGUCUGUAUUCACUGUGUUCUGAAUUCCUUGAAGGGAGAUUUGAUUGCUCUCACUCUUUGUAGACAUUUGAUCUCGGGAAAGAUCACAUAGAUUACAUUUUGUAAAGCAAGACUGCAGGUUUUUUAAGGGGGCAGUGAAGGCAGUGUUACCCUGGUCUUCUUUUCAUGUCAGCUGUAGACAUUUUGCAAGAAUAUAGUCUUUUAUAGAGAUUUGCUGAAGCCACUUUAUCUUAGUCUACACUUAGCUGAAAGUCCUUUGUGUAUUCUGUCAUUGUACAGUAUGAUUGUCUGAUUUUCCACUCCUUUGUUCUACCCUUCUGUUAUCUUUCAAUAAAAUUUGAUUUCUCACUUUG